AUGGUUGCUGUGGCUUCAGUUGUCGUCGUAGUUUCUGUAGUUGUUGUAGUCUCAGUAUCAGAAGCACCGGCUGAAGUUGUUGUAGCUGGAGCUUCAGUAGAUCUUGCAGUUGAAGUUCUAAUUGUUGUUGGCGCUGAAGUUGUUGUUGUCGACGAACUUCUCGAUGGAUGGCAAGCUUCAGAAAUUGCCAAUAACAUCAGAAAGAUCAAAAAAGACAAAAAUAAUUUCAUGUUUAGUAUAAUCUUAUAUUUUUUUCCAUAGCUUUUAUACUUGUCGAGUAGAAAGUUUUUCCCAAGGUCAAAAAUUUUGGGCUAGGAACAGAUCAACUUUCAUUUGAGAAAAAAAUGUUGAAGCAGGUUUUCUUUUAUCACUUUUUUUACGUCAGUGGUUGAUAAUAUCGCCGUGUAUAAUGUUUUUUUUUGAACUUGAUCUUUAGACGAGCGCUACAGUACCCCUACACGUGACGCAGACCGCGUCGCAUCACACAUCUCAUUUUCCAGACAAAUAGUGCCCAAUGAAAAAUCGUUCCAAAUCGACGAAACCACCAAAACCUUUCUACUCGACGGUCAACCUUUCCGCUACAUUUCCGGAUCGAUUCAUUAUUUCCGCAUUCCGCGAACCUAUUGGGAAGAUCGGCUGAAAAGAGUUCGAGCGCUUGGAUUCAACGCGAUUUAUUAUUAUAUUCCCUGGAAUCUGCAUGAGACCUAUGAGGGAAAGUGAGUUUAAAAAAAACAAAAAAAAGUUUGCGGGCAAGCGGGAUCGAACCCUGGUUGCACGUACGCUACGCGAAAGUGUUCACCACUCGGCCACCUAUCUCUUUUUCUUCACCGUCGAAAAUAGCCAAUAUAAAAUGGGUGUUUCAUUUCCAGAUACGAUUUCUCGGGCUCAUUGGAUUUUGUGGAAUUUUCGAGGAUCGCUGAGAAAUUGGGACUUUUCACGAUUUUACGAAUUGGACCGUAUGUUUGUGGAGAAUGGGAAAAUGGUGGAAUACCGUAUUGGUUGUUGAAGAAAAAUGUGAAGAAGUUGAGGAGUUCGGAUGAAGUGUGAGUUUGAAUUUUAUGGGGAAAAACAUCAGAUUGCUCAGGUUAAACUCUCGAGCUUCUAAGCUAAAAUUAGAAAUUUUUGAAAAUAAUUUUAUAUUGCUCAUAUUAGUCCCAUUUUUCUUCCAGCUACACUGCCGAAGUCGCCAAAUGGUUCCGCCAACUUCUCCCCAAAAUCCAGCCACUUCUUCGGAAAAACGGAGGUCCAGUUUUGAUGCUUCAAAUCGAAAAUGAGUAUGGAAGUUAUGAUGCGUGUGAUCAGAAGUAUCUGGAAUUUUUGCGCGAUACAACGAGGGAAAUUGUGGGAGAUAGUGUUUUGAUGUUUACUAGUGAGUUUUAGAAAAUUUAAAAGUUUGGGAUUUUUCAGAGCCUGAAAUUUGGCUGAAAUUAUAUUAAAUCUCUAGAAAAAAACAGUUUUGUUAAUUAUUUCUAAAAAAAAAAUACGGAUAGAACAAGUUAAAAUUUUCCUGAAAAUUGAAAAUAAAAUUUUGAAACAGUAAAUUUUUAUAGGAUUUUUUUUUGAAUUUUGGAUAAUUUCCAGAGCCGAAUUUGUGGCUGAAAAUAGUUUGAAUCUCUAAAAAUAGUUAGAAUUUUAUAGGAUUUUUUUUUCAAACAAUUCUCAAAAAGAGCUUAACAAGUUCAAAAUUUUCCAAAAAUUUGAAAAUGAAAUUUUGAAACAGUGAAUUUUUUAUAGUGGAAUUUAGAGUUUUUGCCAAUUCUGGAUUAUUUCCAGAGCCUGAAAUUGGCUGAAAAUAUUUUAAAUCUCCAAAAAUAGUUCCAAAAAUCUAGAACUUCAUGAAAAAUUAUUUAUUUUGGUUAAAUAUUUCCACAGCAAAUCAAAAUUCUCCUGAAAAUUUUAAGAGAAAUUUUGAAACAGUGAAUUUUUCAUAGUGAAAUUUGAUGAUUUUUUUAAAAGAAUCUGGAUUAUUUCCAGAGUACAAAUGCUGAACGAAUUAAAAUUUUCCAGAAAAAUUAAAAAUAAAAUUUUGAAACAGUAAAUUUUUAUAGGGGUUUUUUUUUGAAUUUUGGAUUAUUUCCAGAGUAACAAAUUAGGCUGAAAAUAUUUAAAAUCUCCAAAAAUAGGUCCGAAAAUCUGGAGAUUCAUAGAAAAUUAUUGAUUUUUCUUAAUUAUUUCCACCACCUAAAAAUAACCAUUGAGCAAAUCAAAAUUUUCCUGAAAAUUUUAUUAGAAAUUUUGAAACAGUGAACUUUUUAUUGUGAAAUUUAGGGGUUUUUCUAGAAAUAUUAGGCUGAAAAUAUUUUGAAUCUAGAAUUCUAUUGAAAAACAAUUUAUUGAAUACUAAUUUAAUUGUAAAACAUGUUCAACAUUUUCUGAAAAUUAAAAAUGGAAUUUUGAAACAGUGAGUUUUUCAUAGUGAAAUUUAGAGUUUUUGCCAAUUCUGGAUAAUUUCCAGAGCCUGAAAAUAUUUUAAAUCUCCAAAAAUAGUUUCGAAAAUCUGGAGCUUCAUUGGAAAAUUAUUUAUUUUUCUUAAUAACUUCCACAACUUCAAAAAAAUACAGGGUUGAACAAUUUCAAAAUUUUCCUGAAAAUUGAAAAUAAAAUUUUGAAACAGUGAAUUUUUAUUGGAAUUUUUUAAAAUGGAAUUUAGGGUUUUUGCUGAAUUUUGGUUAAUUUUCGAGUUUCAAAAGUGCGUGUAACUUUCUAAAAACCCUCGAAAUGCUGAAAAUUACUCCAAUUUCCAAUUUUUCAGCCGAUGGAUCUCAAGAGCGUCUCUUAAAAUGUGGUUCCGUUUCCGGAGUCCUUACUACAGUAGACUUUGGUCCAACAGAUAACACAACUGAAAUUUCGGAAUAUUUCAAGCUCCAGCAAAAAUUCGAUCCAACAGCUCCAAUUGUGAACUCGGAAUAUUAUCCAGGAUGGCUGGUUUUGUGGGGACAGAAAACUCAGAGUCUUCCUGGAAUUCAGACGAUUUUGAAUGGUGCUAAAGGUGAGUGCACUGACGCAUUUUUGGUAGCUUCUGAAGUUGCUGACGCAUUUUAGGUGGCUUCUAAAAUUGCUGACGCAUUUUGUGUAGCUUCUAGAAUUGCUGACGCAUUUUGUGUAGCUUCUAGAAUUGCUGACGCAUUUUGUGUAGCUUCUAGAAUUGCUGACGCAUUUUGUGUAGCUUCUAGAAUUGCUGACGCAUUUUGUGUAGCUUCUAGAAUUGCUGACGCAUUUUGUGUAGCUUCUAGAAUUGCUGACGCAUUUUGUGUAGCUUCUAGAAUUGCUGACGCGUUUUGUGUAGCUUCUAGAAUUGCUGACGCAUUUUGUGUAGCUUCUAGAAUUGCUGACGCAUUUUUGGUAGCUUCUAAAAUUGCUGACGCAUUUUGUGUAGCUUCUAGAAUUGCUGACGCAUUUUGUGUAGCUUCUAGAAUUGCUGACGCAUUUUGUGUAGCUUCUAGAAUUGCUGACGCAUUUUUGGUAGCUUCUAAAAUUGCUGACGCAUUUUGUGUAGCUUCUAGAAUUGCUGACGCAUUUUGUGUAGCUUCUAGAAUUGCUGACGCAUUUUGUGUAGCUUCUAGAAUUGCUGACGCAUUUUGUGUAGCUUCUAGAAUUGCUGACGCAUUUUGUGUAGCUUCUAGAAUUGCUGACGCGUUUUGUGUAGCUUCCAGAGAAAAAAAUCUAAAAUUUCCAGCAAUCUACGCUCUCGGUGGAAACAUCAAUUUCUACAUGAUCCACGGCGGAACAAAUUUCGGAUUCUGGAAUGGCGCCGAGACCGAAUCACCCUGUAUAACCUCCUACGAUUAUACAGCUCCGAUUUCUGAAGCUGGCGAUAUAACUGCGAAUUAUUUGGAGAUUCGAAAAUGGAUUAAGAGUUUGGCGGAUUGGAAAAAUGCUCCUUUGGAUGUGCCGGGAAAUAAUGAGAAAUUCGGAUAUGGAAAUGUGAAAAUGCGAUUGUCACAUGGCGAUUUUGAAGGAGUUUUGGGAGGUUGUGUGGAGAGCGAGAGUCCUGUGAAUUUUGAGAAUUUGGAUCAUCCAAUGGGACUUGUUGCUUAUAUGACGGUGAGGAAAUGAGCUACAAAAAAUGCGCCAUGGGGGUUUUGUUGACGCAGGUUUUGUAGAAAACUAAAAACAAAAAAUUCGUCUGCAAAAAAUUUACUGUUUCAAAAAAUUCAGAAAAAAAAUCAACUGUUUCCAAUAAAGAUGAUAAUAUUUUUAAUUGUGUGAAAAUAUCUAAUUAGAUUUCUGAAACAGUAAAUUUUUAUAAAAUAAUUAAAAUUUUGUUCAACACGGAAAUUUUUAAAUUUUCUGGAAAAAUGUUUACUGUUUCAAAAAUUAUUUGAUUUCUUUAUUGUGAACAUUUCGAUUCCAACAUGUUUUCAUAAAGAGGUUAAGAAUUGAACAAAAUUUGAAACAGUAGAUUUUCUGAAUCAAAACAUUUUCGAGAAAAAAUUGAGAAAUUUACUGUUUCAAAAAAUGUUUAAUUUUUAAUUGGAAAUUCGGGUUUUCAGUUCAAUCAAGCGUUUUUUUCUGAGAAAAUAAUUAGAAAUUGUUUGAAACAGUAGAUUUUUGAAAAAUAUUUUUUUCGUUCAACAUGGAAAUUAAUGUGAGGUUUUUGAUUUUGGAAAAUUGAACAACAUUUGAAACAGUAGAUUUUCUGUAGAAAAACAAUUUUGAAAAAAAUUUGAAAAUUUACUGUUUCAAAAAUGAUGAACAAUCAAUACUAUUUUUCUGAGAAUGAGAAAAUAAUUAGAAAUUUUCUGAAACAGUAGAUUUUUGAAAAAAAUAUUCAAAAUUUUGUUUUUUUCACAUAGAAAUUUUUAAGUUUUCUGAUAAAGUCACAUUAUAAAAAAUGUUACUGUUUCAAAAAUUAUUUGAUUCAUCGAUUGUGAAAUUUUUAAUUUUGAAAAAUUGAACAAAAUUUGAAACAGUAGAUUUCUGUAUAAAAAACAUUUCGAAAAAAAAAAUGAAAAUUUACUGUUUCAAAAUAUGAUGAUCCGCCUAUUAUCAAAAUUUUUUUUCCGGUGAAAUAAUUAAAAAAUUUUGAAACAGUAGAUUUUCCGAAUCAAAAAAUUUUUGAAGAAAAAUCUACUGUUUCAAGAAAAAAGUUGUUUUUUUCGAGAGAAAAAUAAAGUUCAUAAUUAUUUCUUCGGAUUAGAUCAGAAAAAAUCUACUGUUUCAACAAACUUUUAAACGUUUGCAAAUUUUUCAAAAAAACAUUUCAAGUUGAAAAGUAGAACGGAAUUUCUUAUAUCCAAAAUUCCAGAAAAUUCAAUCCGGCCUAAACCUCUCAAUCCCCCAAUUCGGCGAUUUCGCCUAUGUUUAUGUGGACAAAAAAUUCCAAGGAACACUUGUUCGACAAUAUUAUAAUAUUUCGAAACAUUCUUUGGAUCUGGAUUUGAUUUGUGAAGGUUCAGAAGAGAGUUCAGAGGAGCAUGAUUUAUUUAUUUUAGUGGAAUCACAGGGAAGAAAAACUUUUGAAACUAUUAUUGAUCAUAAGGUAAGGGCUGGCCUGGAAUUUGAAGUUGAAAGUUCUUUGAAUUCAGGGAAUUCUCUCUGAUGUUUAUUUGGAUGGUCAAAAAGUAACCGGAUGGAAGCAGUGCCCAAUAAAUCUUCCACUUCAAAAUUCUCGAAUCCAUAGAAAAUCAAGACUCCAUAAAAAUCUCAAUCCAAAUCAAAAACAAGGUGUAUUCACCGGUGUUUUACAAGUCGAUAAACCAAUUGACACGUGGAUCAAUACACAAGGUUGGAAUAAGGGAAUUAUUAUAAUCAAUGGGCAUAAUGUGGGAAGAUAUUGGCCGACUGCAGGACCACAAAUCACACUGUAUGUACCCAAGGAGUUUUUGAAAGUCGGCGAGAAUUUGGUGAUUUUUGUGGAGUUGGAAGGAGCUGGUGAAGCUUGUUUUUCAUCGAAAUCUUGUCAAGUCGAGUUUAUUGAUCAUCCUGUAUUUAAUUUUGAAAAUUGA